AUUGAUCUAAAUAUCAAGUGAAGUCGAAUUGAAUGGAUGUUAAAUAAGAGUUUAUUUUCACUCAAAUAGUAUUUUAUAUGUAUUGAUAGGUUAAAUCACUUUAUUGUGGUCAUAGGUGAAAUGAGACAGUCCAUCUUGAGAUUAUCUACAGUGCAUAUAGAAAAGAAUCAGCCCCCUUUAAAAUAAUCACAUUUUGUUGCUUUGCACCCUGAUUUGAAGACAGACACAGUUUUUGUUUUAUCCAGCUGUAUUUACUCUGUGCAACAUAUAACAUCCGAGUAAACGAUAUAAUACGGUUGGAUAAAUCAAAAACUGUGUCUAUCUUUGUUUCAGGCUGACAAGCAACAGAAUGUGAGGGCUGAUUCUUUCUUACUGUACAUGCUUUCAAUGCACUUCACUGGCUACCCUGCAUUUCUCAUGCUGAAUUUACAUCUGGAGGAUAUUAACGCGAUUCAAACUGGAGGGACCUCACUGUUUUAUAGAUGCAUAAAAUCCGAGCCUUUGUUGUGGAGUUUUAUUGCUCGCUGUUGGAGUUAUAAGUAUUUAAUCUGGUGGGCUUGUUGCUUCCUGUUUUGUGUUAUUGUGGUUGCAGCUAAAAAUAUGAGUACGUUACGUGAUGUGCAGAUACUUUAGCGUUUCCUUUCCUCCUUCUCUGCCAGUUUUUUUUUCUUUUGCACUGUAACGUAAAUAAGGCGGAAAACCGCUUUAAAUAACGUUAGUCGAAUUACUAUCAGCUCAUGUUUAAUGAGUCUAGAAUUCGCUAACACUCCGUUAGCUGGCGGACUAGCAUGCUAUGCUAGCUGACCAACAAAUAAUUUUACACGAUGUAAACGUCCAAGAAAACAGUCAGCAUUUUUUGUUUUAUUUUUUAUUUUUGUUAUUAAUCCGUCGAAAAACUCUUUCAGGACCGAUUCUGGAGAGCUAAACGCUUCUCAGCCUCUGUCGUGAUAUUAGCCGGAAUAUGGCGUGACGUGUCGGUCAGGCUGUGAGACCGAACAGGAUCCCGUCAGGUAAUGUUUACCCCACGUCUGCAGAUAGAGAAGGACAUGGACAGCUCAGUGACCCUGUGGCAGUUCCUGCUGCAGCUGUUGCUGGAUCCCAGCAAUGACCGGCUGAUCUGCUGGACCAACGAGGACGGAGAGUUCAAACUGUUGCAAGCGGAAGAGGUGGCCAGAUUAUGGGGCGUUCGCAAGAACAAACCCAGCAUGAACUACGACAAACUUAGCCGGGCUCUGCGUUACUACUAUGACAAGAACAUCAUCAAAAAAGUAAAUGGGCAGAAGUUUGUGUAUCGUUUCGUGUCGUACCCUGAUAUCCUAAAAGGAGAAGUCAUAGCCAGAACGGAGGGUGCAGACGGCGGCUCAAACGGACCUCUGCCUCUCUCUGACAAACCUGCAAACAUCUCCAGGGAUAAAGACGACAAAGCCAUCCCAGACCGAGGUGCAGGAACACCGGCUCAGUCCAAAUCGUCCAGCCGGAAUGAUUAUAUCCACUCAGGCUUGUAUUCUUCCUUCACUUUGAACUCUCUGCAGUCAGGAACGCAACUUUUUAAAUCCAUUAAGAUUGAAAAUCCAGGAGAAAAGCUAAUGGAGAAAAAGGCCACCCAGGAGUCACCCCAGCCACCCACCGUCAUUAAAUUUGGGACCAUGCCACAGAACAGACAGGGCACUCCGUCUGCUAUAGAGAAGCCUGAACUUCCGGCACAGCCCACCCAAGCCCCACCGCCCGCUCCGGCAGAACCUGAAGCCAAACAGACGGCGGUCUCACAUGUAGUGUGUGCGUUUGUGGAGAAUCCCACCUCGGAGAAUGCCAUGACGGGCUUCCCGCUCUCAAGAGUCUCUCCAUCGCCGCUCCCUCAUUCCAAGUCGCCCUCCUCUUCACCGAUGACGGAUUCCCAGGAGCUGGUGAUUGACAGUGAAAUCGAGUCCCUCUCCUCACAGCCCUCAGAGUUACAGCUGCAGGACCAGCCCAUCUCUGUUUUCAAGGACUCUGUAGCAGUGUUUGAGAUGUCUGAAUCUCCACCCCGCAGUCUCAGUGGAAAGUCGAAGAAACCCAAAGGCCUUGAGUUGAUGCCGACGCUGGUGGUGACCAGCUCUGACCUCAGUCCUUUCAAUCUGUCCAGCCCAUCUCUCCCUACGGCUUCUCUCACCCCAGCCUUCCUGCAGACUCCCCUGCUGCUCACACCCAGUCCACUUCUGUCCAAUAUCCAUUUCUGGAGCACACUCAGUCCGGUGGCACCCCUCAGUCCCGCCCGGAGACAGGGCACACACACCCUCUUCCAGUUUCCUUCUGUCCUGAGUUCCACGCAGUUCUCUGUUCCCGUGUAUAAUUUAGACGGCACCAACACGCCCGGCCCUCUCUCCCCCGACCCACAGAAGACAUAAGAGAGGGAGAAAGACCGGCACACUUCAUCUUUGCCUCAUGUUUUUGAUUGAUAAACAGAUCAACCUCAUUCUGUUCACCUGAUCUGACAUCCUUGAGGUAACGAAGAUUUGUGACCAACGUUUAAGCGUCAAGAGCAUCCGUUUGACCCUUGAACCUUUUUGAUGUCCAUACGGAUGUAUAUCAAGCCAUAUAGUGUCUGCAGGACACUGUAAAUCUUGUUUCUGUUUUUAAUGCACUGCUCUUCAGGGAUUGGCUGUAGUGAGACUAAAGCAGAUGGCUGUUGAUCUGCACAGCUGCCAAUAUGCGAGCUUAUCGUAAAACAGCCAUCGCUUGAUCAUUUGAUUAGGAUCCUGAUUGAAUUUCCUUGUGUUUUGACGUCGGCACCAUGUGUUUGUAUAGCAUUGGAUAAAGAGAGAUAAUUUUGUACAUAAUCCAACAAGUUCGACUCAUUUUUGCCUUUUGUUUGGGAAGUCCUCAAACAAACCUGCCUUGCUAAGCUAAACCGCCCCUUUGCCUUGUGAUUUUGAUAAAGGUGACCGCCGUUUUACCUUCUAUCUUUCUUCAUGCUGCACUUACUGCCAUGUAUUUCAAGUGUUUUGUCACAAUAACCCUACAAACAGCACUUGGAUGAAAACAAGCUGCACUUACUAGGGCUUUUGCGCCUUUUCAUGUUUACUAGCCAUGCAGAUAAGAAGUAGUGAACUAGUUGGCUUAUUUUUCAAAACUAAUGUCACCCAGCUACUCUGGGACGCAGUUGUGUACAUGCCAAUUUUCAUUCUAUUAUGUCUACAUCUACAAUUCAGUGCAUCACCUAGUAAAGCUAGUUGGUGCAACCCUCAAAAACGUUCCUGACAACAUUUUUAAUGUUCAAGAGCCACAUGAACACAAUCGCUUUAUGUAAUGAUUGUGAUCAGAGUCAGCAGAAGUCAAGUUUAUUUUGUAUAGCUCAUCAAAUAUGAAAAUUCUGCAUGUCUUUCUAUUUUUUCUGAGGAACGCAGUCAUUUGGAGAAUAUCCAUGCAAUGGAAGUCAACAAAAGAACACUGAACCCAGCUGACCUUCACACCACAUACAUAUUUUGUGUUGAACAGAAGAAACAAAGUUUUAGAUAUUUCAUUCAUUUUUGGGUGAACCAUCUCUUAAUGAAUAUAGAGGCUAACAAUCAGGAAGCCAGGAACCUUGCUGGUGCUUUGACCAUGAUGCACAUUUUUGAGAGGCUGUUUAGUAGGCUGAAUUGGCAUCAUCCUCGUUCCAAUGCUUGAUGGCGACUAUCUAAUGAAGCGUGUUUCCACACACGCCCCAACGCCAUUGAACCAUUACCGUAACACCACCAGAUAUGCCACUGCAGCCAUGCUUAUCAUGCAGAUCUACUCCUCGAAACCAUUUCCCCUCUCUGAAAGACUGGAAGCCAUUAGGAAUGAUUUCAGUUGAGUGGAAAAACCCAAGGACUUCCAAUAGACUGCAGAUUCACCAUUAUGCUGAUGGAGCCUAGACAGCAUAAAAUGGAAUGGAAUGGCACCGGCUAAGUGCUUAAAGCCUCAUCCCACCAUUAGGAUGGUCGGAUUGGUGGAGAUCAGUUGGAUGUGUACCGUAACUGGAUUGCUGUCUGUAGAGUCCAGGCCAAAUACUCAAAACCAUUCCUGCAUUUGUCAGCUUUCCCAGUGUUGUGCAAGAUUCAAUCCCCCCGCACAAUACAAUCUACCUCGACAACAAGGCAAAGCUGUUUGUAAUGGCCAGUCAGAAGUGUCUGUCCUUGUUGUAGCUGGUUUGGCUGGUUAGCAUGGUCUAGUUAACACCUGCUGGUAGAUUAUAACACAUAUUUUUCUCCGUUUAUGCUCACUCAGAACUGGCAUGUGUUUUGUAAGCAUCAAAUUUAUUUCCAAUAUAACUGCAUUAUGGUAAAUACAAAGUUACAUUAUCAUUUAAAAGUUUGGGGUUAGUAAGUUUUUUUUUUUUCUUUUUUUUUUUUUUAGAUAUUAAUACUUUUACUCCUCAAGGAUGCAUUUGAUCGAAAAUGUGAGUAAAAAUAUUUAUAAUGUUACUAAUUAUUUCUAUUUCAAAUAAAUGCUGUUCUUUUGAACUUUUAGACAUGAUAGAAUUUCAAAGAAAUAAAAAAUGUAUUCCAAACAAAUAUUUAACAGUUUUCAGCAUUGAUAAUAAUAACAAAUAUUAUAUUGGAAUUAUAUUAUAUUUACAAAUCAGAAUGAUUUCUGAAGAAUCAUGUGACAUUGAAGGGUGGAGUAAUGGUACUGGAAGUUUAGCUUUGUAUCACAGGAAUAAAUUGCAUUUUACAACAUAUUAAAACAGAACAUAUUUAUUUUAAAUUGUAAUUUCAAUGUAUUUAUUUUUUUUGGUCAAAUAAAUGCAACAUUGAUUAGAAUAAGAGACUUUCUUCAGAAACAUUAAAUAAGAUUUUCUGACCCCAAACUUUUGCAUGGUAGUGUUUCUUAAAAGAUUAAGUGAUUUAUUUACCACAAAGUGUAAAGUAGUGUCUCUGAUCAGGCAUUAUACUAUAGAGAAUACCCAGAACAAGGUCUGGAAUUCUUUUAGGGGCCAGUGGACUUUGUAUUCUGCAAGAGAAUUGAAUAUUGCACGACACUAUCAAAGACUGCUAAAUGUCUGAACCAAAUUCUGCAGCCACUCUUUGAUGUCAGUGCAGUAUCGUUGUUUUGUCUUGUUUAAACCAGGUUAAAACAAGGUUGCACAACAUAAAACCCUACCUCUAGGAGUCCUAAACUCACCAAGCCAUGAUUUAUAGCUGACAUGCAUUGGAUGCAAAACUGGAACAAGGCUUAACUGCUGACAUUCAUGUUGCAGAAACGGAGCUCUGUUAGUGUCUCUCUUAAAGUGCAAUGAUAAAAAUAGAAAGGGAUAAAAAAAAAAACGUGUAUGUAUAUAAAAACAGCAUCUCAAAUUCAGCUCUCAGGUAUUGUAUGAUUACCCAGUCCUUAUCCUUUCACAGAGCUCUAUGUUCAUAUCCACCAAACGGAUCAGAGUAGAAGAAACGGUUCUUUCACAUCGAUACUAAUGACAUGGUGCCUUCUAGUCCUGUUGUCUGUUGCCAGUAAAAUUAAAAAUAGGCAACAGUUAAUUGUUUCUAUUCAGAAAGGAUUAUGUUUUGUCCUUUGCUACCAAAAAAAACAACAACUAAAACUUCAGCUAUUUAAAGGAUUGUUCUCGGUUGAAGAUCUUUAAUACAGGUUGAAGUUGUAUUUAACCUAGAACAUUCCUUCAGCAUAAUAUCAUAAACAUAGAUAAUACAAGCUAGAAUCUAAAUUCAGAUCCAGUAGAAAACGGAUCAAAUGAAAUCGUUUACUCAUACUUUCUAGUACUGUUGGGUUAAUAUUGUCAGUCUGCAUGGGGAAGUUUUAUUCCAUUUAAUAGCUGCUGUUGUAGUGCAACAAGUGUGUAAACAGCUAACAUUAAUUUUUUUUUUUUCAUACCUGCAUGACAAAAAUGAGAUGUUUGCUGAAUGUCUUUUCCAUACAUAAAAGCAAUUCAUUCAUAAGUACGCUUUGUGCUUUUCUGAAACCAUACAGAUGGUUUGUGGAAGGAACAGACUGACAUUUUUUACCCAAGAUUUGAACUAUGAACUACUUUUCAUAUAACACUAUAAAUUGAAUUUAUGGUGCUUUUAUGCUCUUUUUGGGCCUGUAAAUCAUCUGCUUUCAUUGUAUGGAAAAGAGCAGCUUGGACCUUUUGAAUUUCUUUUUUUUUUUUUUUCAUGGAAGAAAGAAAUUCAUAUACAUUUUUUGGGGGGUGGGGGGGUUCAAAUAUUCUUUUAAGUACAUAAGUUCAAAUGUGUCAUUGUACAUAGAGUAAGAUGUGAUGGGAUGUCACUAGCGUUGUGCUGUUGUUGUUCAUUUGCAUUCCCGCAGAAUUCAGACUGUGUUUGAUUGCUCUUGCCUGUAUCGUGAGCACUGCACGUGCAGUUGCCUUCUCAUCGAGGGAAUAUUGAGUUGCUUAAUGCCUUUUACAAUUUGAAUAAUGGAUUUGUGCAGUGUGCUAUGUGAAUUGUUUUUUAACCUGUUUCCGUUAUUUUUGUUAAAUGCUCUCUUACCCACUUAGUAGAUUUAGUUUUUCAUUAAAUAGUCAUUUGUUUUGUUUCUAUGAAAAUUCUAACUUCUCCCUGUAACUGAUAAAAUGGGUUUGUUAUAAAUGUUUAGCUGUUAAGCAAUGAUGUUAUGUUUCUUCUGUUUGUUUGAGUUUGGUUUUUCCCAUAACACAUUUAACUAUUGUAGCCAUACUGAACAUCUGUUGUAUUUUAAUGCGAGUCUCAAGCACUUAACUUCUCUCUUUUUCUCUCUCCCCUCAUUUUGUCUCUUUACAGGCACUUUGUAUUUUUUAGAAUCUGUUGUAAAACUGUAAAUCUCAGCUUAUUAUUAGUGACUCCACCACCUCAAGCACUCAAAUUUGCGUUUUGGAUCAGCAUUUGUAAACUAUGCAUUUAAACUUUUUGCUGCAAAGAGAUUUUGUAAUGAAUUUUUAGACUUUCUGGCACCUACUAUAAGCAUUUUCUCUUAACUGAGAUUUUUAAUUCCAAAAAGUCAGAAAGCACUAUAUUUUACAAAAAUUUUACUUUUUACGAAUAGGGUAUAAAAUGGCAGUCCUCUUCCAAUUGUAUUUAAUUCAAAUUACCUUUUUUUUUAUUAUUAUUAUUCUUUAUUCAGUGGCAGGAACAGGCUUCCAUACAAGUCAGUCUUUAGCGAGAACUAUUAAAAAUGUUAAAAUAUUUUCUCACAUGAAAAAUAAUUGAUAUUCAAUUAAGUCUAGAUUAUAUGUUUUUAUCUGCAUUCUAUUUAGCUGUUCUUCUUUUGUCUGCAACCUGCCUAUUCCAUAAUUUCCCCCAAAAAAUAGCAAGUUGCCCUAAAAUUUGUCCACCCAGAAAGUGGCAUCAUGUGAGCUCUUUCUUAUAACUAACAGAACAUGAAGUUAUAUAAUGUCAUUCCAUUUUGUAAAUUUGCACACAUUUUAAUGUUAACUGUAUUAUUAACCAUUCCAUAUUUGAGAAAUAUGUUUACAACAACAUUUGGAAAACUAUUCUCUGCGGAGUAAAACAUAAAUUUUUUCGCAACCCUGUUUGUUACCCAUUAGUGUAUUUAUUGCAUGAAAACACACAACAAAAAAUUACAAAUCAGGCUUUUAACCCAUAUUCAGACUUUAAAACAGAUAAGAUAUUUUUCCUUCUUCUUCAGGAACUCCAUAUACAGUAGAAGACUAACAUUUUAUAUAUCAUAACAUCUUGAAUAUGAAUAUAUUUUGUUUCUUAAAUAUGCUUCGGAAGUUAAUAAAUCGCUAUUUUGUACCCUAUUCUUGGAAAGUGCAAAUAUUACAAUUUUAAGAUACAUAAGAUCUUCUCAU